UAUCUUCAAUUACUUUUAGAGAAACCAUAAUUAUUACUACUACUACCCACAAUAAUGGAAUAAAUCAAAGCUUCGCUUCAUCAAAUACACUUCGUUUAAGCUCUCAAACAACAAAAACAAAAUGUUAACUAAUUCUUUUUAUAUCCAUAACAUUUGACGUUAAUUUGGACUUCCAUGGUUAAUAACACAUAUGGCUUCUCGUACCAAGCGUACCCUCUGGCAGUUUCUGGCCACUGUGGCAGGUUGCAUUAUGGCAUUAGCCCACGGCAUUACGCUGGGUUGGUUCUCGCCCACGCUGGCACUCUUCCUUUCCGACGAGAGUCCUUUUGGGAAACCACUGACCGUCAAUCAAGUUUCUAUGGCUAGCUCGGUCGUUCCACUUGGCGCACUGUUGUCCAAUUUAUUCAUUGGCUGGCCUCUCGAUUUUUUUGGCCGCAAGAUAAUCAUGUAUACUGCCGCCGUUCCCAAUUUGAUCAACUGGAUUCUUUUGUACUUCGGGGACCAUGUAGCCUUCUUAUUUGUGGCUCGGUUUCUGGUUGGAUUUUCCGCUGGCAUCAUGUUGGUAGUUAUUCCCAUCUUCAUAGCGGAAAUUGCUGAUCCUGAAGUACGCGGAACCAUGACAUCCAUGCUGAUCCUGAAUAUGUGCGGCGGCAUUUCACUAGGACUUAUAUUGGGCUCUUACAUCCCGUACAAUGUCUUUCCCUUUGUCGCCGGUGCCGUGCCCAUACUCUAUGUGUUGCUCAUCUUUCCACUGCCAGACACUCCGACUUUUCUCUUGAAACGUGGUCGCGAUGAGAAGGCCAUGAAGUCCUUCUAUUUUUACAAGAAUCUAGGAAGCAAGUCCUCGAGUGACCUGACAAGGGAAGCGGCAGCAGAAGCUGAGUUUAAUACAUUUCGGGAAAAUGUUCUAGGUGGUGACGUCGCCCAGAAUGCUAGUUGUCGGGAUUUCUUUAGCAAGACGGCCUUGAAGGCUUUCGGCCUGAUCUCUGUGGUUCUCCUGUGCAACUCGUUUUCGGGAGCCUUUGCCAUCCUGAAUUAUGUAGCAAAAAUCUUCUUCGAAUUGGGCAGCAGGAUACCCCCGAACACCUGCGGCAACGUAGUGGGAGUUUUCCAGCUGCUUGGCAUCUUCUGCGCGGUGCUCCUGGUGGACCGACUGGGUCGCCGCUGGCUGCUCAUCCCCACGUUUGUGGUAGCAGGUCUGGGGGAGCUGACCGUGGGUCUGCUCAAGUCCUUCGCCUCCAAGGACUUUCUGAGAGAAAAUAGCUGGCUGGGUCUGACACUGAUCUGCUUUGUGGAAUAUAUGGUGUCGCUUGGUGUGAUUCCACUCACCUUUGUCGUGAUCGUUGAACUGCUGCCGGUCAAGAUCCUUUCUAUUGGCGCCUCUAUCAGCAUGGCCGCCUUAAAUAUCCUAUUGAUCGUGGUGCUUGCGGUAUAUCCGCUGAUGAUAUCCGGACUCGGAGUGGGCUCCGUGAUGUACAUGUCAGCCGGUGUCUGCUUCUUUGGGGCCAUAGUCCUGGGAAUGUUUUUGCCGGAGACCAAGGGCAAGCAAAUCAUACAAUGAAGGGUUCAAUUUUUGC